AUGUCGGACAAACACUUCUUUCCCGAGACCGCGGCAAACACGCUGGUCCCACGGUAUCUCCGCGCACUGACGGCGUCUAACCCCCAUCUCGCCUUAAUCGACUCGGAGCGCGUAGUCUACGACCCUCAUCAUGACGCAGCCGCCGUAUCCAUUAUCAGCGGUGGCGGCUCCGGUCAUGAGCCAGGAUGGUCGGGAUACGUAGGCAGCGGCGCACUGUCAGGUGCCGCGUGCGGUGAUAUCUUCGCCUCGCCGAGCACCAAGCAGGUGCUCGCAGCAAUCGCGGCCACGCCGUCGGAGCAGGGGCACAUAUUGAUGAUCACCAACUACACAGGCGACAAGCUUCAUUUCGGACUCGCGGCCGAGAGAGCCAAGGCGCAGGGACUAUCGCCCAAGGUCGCCAUGAUCCACCUUGCAGAUGAUGUCAGCAUCGGGAGAAGCAAGUGUGGUGCUGUUGGAAGGAGGGGAAUGCCGGGACAUAUCGUUCCUAUGAAAAUCACUGGUGCUGCAGCGGCGAGGAAGUACGACUUUGAGAGGACCGUAAAGUUGGGGAGGAGCGUCAACUCUCAGGUGGUCUCGAUUGGAUCCGCUCUGGAUCAUUGCCACGUCCCAGGCCGUCAGGGCAACGAGGCGAUCCCCAAGGACGUCGCCAUCGUCGGUGCCGGAAUUCACAAUGAGCCUGGCGCCCAGAGGCUCUCUCCAUUCCCGCCUGUGGAAGAGCUGAUCCAGUACUGCCUCAAACUUCUUUGUGACCCAGAAGACAAGGAGCGCUAUUUUGUGAAUUUCGAGAAAGAUGAUUCAACCGUGCUCGUGAUUAACAAUUAUGGCGGCAUGUCAAACUUGGAGCUCGGAGCAUUGACCGAUGAGACAUUGACGCAGCUCGCCUCCAAGUGGAAUAUCAAGCCUGUCAGGACACUCACGGGCGUUUUUGAGACUUCGCUCAACGCACCCGGAUUUUCCAUCUCAUUAUGCAACCUCUCUGCCGCAUCGAGAGAAUCAGACACUUCCGUAGAUGAGCUGCUGGAACUUUUCGAUUCACCAACAACUGCCGUUGGAUGGCCGAAUCUGACUUCGCCUAAAACAUACCAGAACAGAGGAAACCAGCAGCAGAAUUCACAAAAGAAGGCCAAAAUCAGCUCAAAUCAUGGCGCAGACAUUAUUGUGGAUCCAAAAUUACUAGACACUGUGAUUAGGUCCGCUUGCGAGGCUGCAAUUGCAGCCGAGCCUAAUCUGACGAAGUGGGACAUGAUCAUGGGAGACGGCGAUUGUGGCGAAGCCGUCAAGGAUGUCUCUGAAUCCGUGAUAAAAAUCCUCAACAACAAUGGAGCCGGCAAGGGCUCGGUCCUGGAGUUCCUCGACGCAACUACCGAUGCAGUGGAUAACAUGGGCGGGACCCUAGGCGCCAUUUUGGGAAUCCUGCUCUCCGCCUUUGCAUCCGCCCUCCGAGAGCAGUCCACUAAAUCGUCGUCCUCGCAGAACUCCGACAAGUUCGCGGCAGCCCUGGAGCAGGCUGUCGAGGCCCUGAAGACCCACACCGGUGCCAGGGAGGGGGACCGCACGGUGAUGGACGUCUUGCUGCCCUUUGCCGACGAGUUUGCUCGGACCAAAGAUUUCCACCGAGCCGUGGGCGUCGCGAAGGAGAAGGCUGAGGCCACCAAGUUCCUCAAGGCCAAGUUUGGACGGGCCACAUAUGUUGCUGAGGCGCAGGGCCAGGAGUUGCCUGAUCCCGGGGCGUGGGCACUAUAUGAGUGGUUGGACGGGAUGUCGAGGGCUAUCAAGUCCUUCUAG